AUGGGUGAACCUCAAUUAUUUGAUGUGCCAGUGCUAGAAGGUAUCAAAAAUACAACCAACGAAAUCAUGAAUCAACUUGAAGAUGAUAAGAUGAAAAAAACUUAUGAGAAUAAAAAGGAGGCGAGCACAAGCAAAUAUUUGAAGAAAAGUGACAUCACCAAAAAAAGAUGGACAGAAUCUGAGGACAUAAAAUUGAAAGAGAUGGUGGCACUUGAACCCAAAAAAUGGACAAAGGUCGCAAAACAUUUUGAAGGACGAACACCAAAACAAUGCAGAGAGAGGUGGCAUAACCAUGCUCGUCCUAACGUUAAGAAAACUACUUGGAGUGAAGAAGAAGAUCAAAUACUAAUUGAAGUACACAAAGUAAUUGGUGCCAAAUGGAUCCAGAUCUCAGAGCAACUUCCGGGGAGGAGCUAUAACAAUGUUAAGAACCAUUGGAAUACCACAAAGCGUCGGGUGCAAAAUAAAAGUGGUCGAACUGUCAACCGUGUCGGCAAUAACAUCCUUGAAAACUACAUAAGGAGUAUCACAAUCAACAACGAUGAUGAAUCUGAUGGUGAACCGACAAACAUUGAGAAUUAUCAUGAUGACUCUGAAGAUAUGUUAUAUGGGGAGAUGAAUUUGAGUCCAGAGGCUAUAACGCAGACCACCAAACCAUUGACCGAUGCUUCUACAAUAUCACCUUAUAUUCCGAUGCCAAAAGAAAACUAUACUCUGGAGGUUUGUGAAUCACUGGAGGACUAUCUAGAGCUGCUGCGUUGGUGGGAUUAA